AUGGACCCGUUGGAGCAGUGGGCACUGGCUGUGAGCUGUCAUCCAGAUGCCAGAUCUUCGCAACCAGCAAGGCGAUGGUUCACUUUCUCCGCUUUCUUCGCAGUGGCGACCAUCGCUCGAGAGGCGGCGCAUUUGCCAAAGCUCUCAUCGCCGCGUGUGCUGGUGAGAUUGCUUCGAGCAGUGAGCUGUGUCGACAUCUUCCGGGAAGACAGUCAGGAGUACCGCGCUGUUUGCUUGAGCAUCGUAAAGUCCGGCUGUCACGACGGCGACUUCCGCAAGGCCAUGUUGAGCACGUUUUGCGAGUUGGAGGCAGAAAGCCUGCAUGGCAGCUCCCACUUUGCAGCGAGCUCUCGGCUCCACUUUUGGCUGGGAAUGCUUUCAGAAGAGAAGCUCCUCGAAGAGAUACUCUCCGACUCCCUCGUCCUCGGAAUACUGAAGCGCAUCGCUAGAGCGGGCCACACGCCGCGCCUGGCCGCGAGGGCCUUGACCUUGACCGUUCUGGCUGUGAAACGCAGCGAGGGGGAUGCACGGGAGUCCCAGACAGAGACAGUGGACUUGGUGACGUUGGUGUUUGAGUUGCUGGAAGCUGGCCUUCAGGGCUUCGAAACGGCCGCAAACGGAAACGGCGAGGAGAUUUUCGAGGCCUUGCGCGGCCUCCUGGAGACGGCCUGCGCGCAGGCCUUGACCUGCGGCCCUAAUCUGCUAGGCGAGACUCGCCCUUUGGAUCUGCAGCGCCGGAUGUUGAAAGCACUGGCUCAGCGAACCCUUUCGAGUGCUGAUGAUGGCAAAGCUCUGGGAUACUUCAAGCUUUUCUGCACGGCAGCACGGCAUUUGGAUCCGUUGCUGCUGGGUGUCAUCUUCAAAGACGGCCGUCUUCAUGAGAUCCUUCAAGAUCGCAAGGAACGCAAGGAGCUGUGGCUGCGCCAUUUGGCCGCUCGCUUUCCUGAGAAGCCGAGAGAGAUGCUUGUGACCUGGCUCUUGAAACGGCAUCCGGAGGUCGCCGCGGCAUACGUAGAGGACUCUCCUGCCCUGGCCAAAGAUGCCGCCGAAUCCGGACCCGUGCUCAGCUCGGCGCUCUGA